UAUAUGUUCAGACAUUACACCUAAUAGGUGUUUCUUACCCCUCAUGAGUAUCCAUCAAUGAAACUAUUAUCUAUAUGUUUCCCUUUACUGUCUCCUAUUAUUUGGGUUAAAGCAGGAGCCACUUCAGUGUUGCUGCAUUCCAGAGCUAAGGACCUGAAUCCUUCAUCCUGACAAACUUUGCCCUCAAUACUAUAAUUUUCGACUCCCAAGCGAAGUAAAAUUCCAAUUUAAAUCUACCCUCUACAAUAGUUCCAGCACUCAAACCACUGCCUACGCUACUUGGUCCCAUUUUGUUUUUAAUUACACUUUAGGUGUUUCCACAUUGCAGAAUAAGGUGGUUUGGUACCACUUUUAACUGCCCUGACCAUAGGAGGACCCAGGGGUUUGUCGUUUGGUGAGGCAGCAGGAUACAAGCCGUGGUAUUCUCCAUCACAAUGGAGGAAUGUAACGAACAAGUUCACAGAUACCAGUAUGCCAGUUUUAAAAAAUUUAAGACGGAAGAGGAGGCUUGGGCCUUUGUAAACGGUGGGGCACCAGCAUCAUCUUACUCAGGCACAUUGGCAGGGGAUGCAAGUCAUGCAGAUACAACGCAUCCUGACGAUUCAUCAUUGCCUGUUACAGAAGAUGACAGUGGUGGUUCUUAUAGAAGGCAGAGAAAUAACAGUGACUGGAAUCACACUACUACAUCUUCGUCAGGUUAUAGUGCAUACAAGAGACCUUAUGAACAGCCUUCAGAAAACCAAAGUGAGAGAAAACGUGUAAAAUACACUGACUUCCCAUAUGAGAACAAAGAGAAAUUCUCCUAUAUGGGAGAUUAUGCAGUUGUUUAUACAGAUGGCUGCUGCUCAAGUAAUGGGCGACGUAAAGCACGUGCUGGAACUGGUGUAUAUUGGGGACCUGGCCAUCCUCUAAAUAGUAGUGAGAGACUUCCUGGGCGGCAGACUAAUCAGAGAGCUGAAAUACAUGCUGCUUGCAAAGCAGUAGAACAAGCAAAGAGUCAAAAUAUUAAGAAACUGGUUAUUUAUACUGACAGCAAGUUCACCAUUAAUGGUAUGACAAGUUGGGUUCCAAACUGGCAAGCUAAUGGUUGGAAAACUAGUACAGGAAAAGAAGUAAUAAACAAAGAAGAUUUUGAAAGGCUUGCUAAACUUUCAGAAGGCAUGGACAUCCAAUGGGAAUCAGUUUCCUGGAGAGAUGGUAGCAGUCAGGCUGAACAGCUAGUUGAUGGGGAUGCUCUAGCUGGAGUUCCCAUACUGAGCUGGCGGUGUGUGGGAUCGCUAACUUGCAGAACCCCUUUCAGCUCUAAUUCUAGAGAAUGCUAGCAUUGGGUUUCUACUUCCUGGUGAAGAUGUUGGCAAUAAGUAUUAUUAAAUUCUUCAUUUUAAUUUCUGUUUCAUAAUUUCAAACAUUACAUGAAGAGAAAUGGAAAAGUGACUAGGUUUCAGAGGCUGCAUCUGCCUUGCAGAAAUAAUCCAGUUUGACACGAGUUUAAAUGCCAUUUCUUGGUGCUAUGGAAUACUGGGAAUUGUAGUUUGUUGUGGCACCAGAGCUCUCUGACACAGAAGACUAGAUAUCUCACAAAACUACAAUUCCCAGAAUUCCAUAACAUUGAGCCAUGACAGUUAAAGUGGUGUCAAACUGGAUUAUUUCUAUAGUGCGGAUGCAGCCAGGUGCUCUUAUUAGCUUGGGAAUUUGAAAUUCUGAUAUUGUAAAUAAUAGAUGCAGAUUGUUGAGCACUUUUAGUAAUUAACUUGGAUUCUUAUGAU